AUGUCUCUUCUCCAAUCUCCCGCUCUUCGGAGCAUUUCUGCCCCAAUUCAAUCCAAGGUGCUGCAAUCUGGGGCAUACGUUCUCUCGAUAGUGCCCUUGCCAUCCCACUAUGCCGUCUCUGCUUCCUCUCCGGAUAAUGCGAUCCAUCUUUUCGACAAAUCUCGCUUGGACGAUGUGCAAACCCUCGCUGGGCAUGAUUCUUCUAUCACAGCCCUGAAGCAUGCACCCAGUCUUGCUGGGUCUUCGUCUCCUGUUCUCGUCUCCUGCGGAAAGGACGGUGUGGUUAAAGCAUGGGAUGCCCGUUCUCCCUCAGCGGCCCCGAUAAUGAUUGCCCUUACUGCAGGCAAGCCUCAGGCUCUUCUCUCGUGUGAUGUCUCCGCCAGUGGCACGACGAUCGCGGCGGGCACAGAGCUACAGGGAGAAGAUGCUUCAUUGCUCUACUGGGAUCCUCGCAACCCGGCAGCGCCCUUGCGCACACAUUCGUCUACGCACUCCGACGACAUCACGGUGGUGAAAUUUUCACGACAAAGUAACAGUGUGCUCCUCUCAGCGUCUUCCGACGGGCUUUUGUGUACGUCCAACGCAGAGGAAGUAGACGAAGACGAGGCCGCUCUUCAUGUAGGCAAUUGGGGUUGCAGUAUCGCACAGGCUGGUUGGAUCCUUAAGCAGAACGGGUCUUCCAGUGUUUGGGCGUCCAGCGAUAUGGAAACUAUGAGCAUUUGGUCUGACGAGCUCGACUUGGUCCAGGACAUUGACAUUCGUCUACCCUCGGUACACAGGGAAGAUUCGACAUGGGUCACUGACUAUGUCAUUGGAUCACAUAAUCAUUCCAACAUUUUUCGUGAAGCAGACAACGACCUCAGUCUCUUUGUCGGCUCAAACGAAGGAGAUAUCGCUCUCUUGACUCGUUCUACGUUUUCAAAUGUUGACGCUUCUUGGGUGCUUUCGCACACUUGGACGACUGGGCACACUGAAAUCGUUCGAUCUGUUCUCUGGGAUGAGGAGAACAACGUUCUACUAACCGGCGGCGAGGACUCCAAAAUAAAUGCAUGGUCCGCACCUGCAUUUGAUUUGUCGGAUCGUAACAAGCGUGAGAUUGAUGCCAUGGACGUUGACAAACUUGACAGUCCAGCUCGCAAAAGACCGCGUUCGUAG